AUGACCCAGCCGAGAACCUGCACUAAGGAGAAGUGGUUCGAAUGUGCUGAGCACGGGAGAAGCUUCAAGUGCAGUUCAAACCUUAUAAGACACCAGAGGGUCCACACAGGCAACAGACCCUACAACUGCCCUGAGUACAGAAAAAGCUUCUAUUGUAAAUCCCACCUUAUUAGACAUCAGAGACCUCACACGGGAGAGACCCCCUAUAACUGCCCUGAGUGUGGAAAACAAUUCAAUGACCACUCCAACCUUGUUAGACAUCGGCGAACCUACACAGGAGAGAAACCCUAUAAGUACACUGACUGCGGGAAAAGCUUCAGGGACAGCUCAGGCCUUCUUGCACAUCAGAGAGUCCACACAGGAGAGAAAUGCCAUAAAUGCCCGGACUGUGGAGAAACCUUCACUCAGCGCUUUCAUGUGACUAAACAUUGA